CUCACUCUUCACGUCGAAUGAUCCACCGAAUCUCUUUUUCUAUUAUUUUUAGCACUGUCUAUUCAUAAUCACAUAUCUCAAAUACGAAAAGUUCCUCUAAAAUCACCUCUGCUUCUUCUCGGUUGAUCUGCCAAGUUCAAUCUCGUGACCAAUGAGCGUGCUCAAAAUCUCAGUCGCUUCUUCUUACCUCGGCAGAUUCAUUCAUGGCUCCGGCUCCGUUAACAGAAACCGAGAGCGCGGCAUGGCCUCUGCUAUGCUUUCGGAACAGCUAGAUGGAACCCAUAGCAAGGUGACCGGCGAUUCCUUCAUUCGUCUCCACCUCAAGAAAAUUUCUCCGUAUCAACCAAUCCUCCCAUUUGAGAUUUUGUCUGCACGCCUUGGGAGAAAGCCUGAAGAGAUAAUCAAGCUUGAUGCAAAUGAAAAUCCAUAUGGUCCUCCUCCAGAGGUGGCUGAAGCGUUGGGAACAUUGAAAUUUCCUUAUGUAUACCCAGACCCAGAGAGUCGUCGUUUACGUGCUGCGCUUGCUGAGGAUUCUGGUCUUGAAAGUGAGUAUAUCCUUGCUGGAUGUGGGGCUGAUGAGUUAAUUGACUUAAUCAUGAGGUGUGUGCUUGAUCCCGGUGAUAAAAUUGUUGACUGCCCUCCUACAUUUACGAUGUAUGAGUUUGAUGCCGCAGUAAACGGUGCUUUAGUUAUCAAGGUUCCAAGACUCUCAAAUUUCAGUUUGGAUAUCCCUCGCAUUAUUGAAGUUGUCAAUCUAGAAAAACCAAAAUGCAUUUUCCUGACUUCACCAAACAAUCCUGAUGGGAGUAUAAUUAAUGAUGAAGAUCUUCUAAAGAUUCUGAAAUUGCCUCUUUUGGUUGUUCUCGAUGAAGCAUACAUUGAGUUCUCUGGUCUUCAAUCAAGGAUGAAUUGGGUAAAGAAGCAUGAUAACUUGAUUGUUCUCCGCACAUUUAGCAAAAGAGCAGGUUUAGCUGGACUUCGUGUUGGUUAUGGAGCUUUUCCUCUCAGCAUUAUCCAAUAUUUAUGGCGGGCAAAGCAACCAUACAAUGUGUCUGUGGCAGCAGAAAUUUCUGCAUGCGCAGCUUUGCAGAAUCCUGGCUAUCUAGAGAGAGUAAAGAAUUUUCUUGUGCAAGAACGGGAAAGAUUGUUUGAUCUUUUGGAGAAAGUACCAUACCUUAAGCCAUUUCCAAGUUUCUCCAACUUUAUUCUUUGUGAGGUUACUUCUGGAAAGGAUGCUAAGAAGCUGAAGGAAGAUCUUGCAAAUAUGGCUGUCAUGAUACGACAUUACAAUAACAAAGAGCUGAGCGGCUUUGUUCGGAUCUCUGUUGGAAAACCUGAGCACACAGAUUCACUAAUGAAGUGCCUCAAACUCCUUGAAUAAAAGAUGCCCUCACACAAGACAAGUAUGCAAAAUUUCCAUGUUUUGCUAACUUCUUAUUUGCAGAUUUGAACAUUUUAUUUUGGCAAUGAAUGUUUUAGGUUAGCCAAUUUUAAGUCUAUGAAUUUUGUAGGUAUUUAUCAGUUCAUGCUAAGAUCACCCCCAUCUCUGUCCCCUUUGGCUCUUCAAUUAGUUUGCUGCUUUCGAACUAUUGAAGCACAGUUCGUUCUUUUUAUGCCAAUUAUUUAUAAAUAUAGGCCUUCUUGAUGGACAUAUGUGCUGCAAACGGUCCAUUUGAGGCAUUUGUAAUUGUUUGUGGAAGUAACCGUUAAAUUAU